AUGUCAUCAGAGAACUCGUUUGCUGGGUUUGUAUCUAGAAAUAGGACGGCGAUCAUCGCCACUGCGGCUGCCGGCGCAUCUGCGGUGGGGGCGUACUACUACUACCAGCAGUUACAGCGGCAAAGUAGCGGCGAGGUUUCUAAAGAUGCAACAGGCAGCACCGAUGUGAAGAGCAAGAAGAAGAAGAAGCGGAACAACAAGAAGAAGUAUCCGGUUGACCAGAAUGGCGAGCCGGAUCUUUCGGGGAUGGCGACGUUUACCGAAGAGCAAAAAGAAAAGUACGCGAUGGCGUUGAAGGACAAGGGGAACGAGUGCUUUAAGGACCAGCGGUACGAGGAGGCGAUCAAGUUCUACGACUGCGCGUUGAAGCUAAAAGAAGACCCGGUGUUCUACUCGAAUCGGUCGGCGUGCUACGUGCCCUUGAACAAGCUGGAGAAGGUUGUGGAGGACACCACUGCUGCACUAAAGCUGAAACCCGACUAUUCUAAGUGUUUGCUUCGUCGUGCAACAGCUAAUGAAUCGUUGGGUAAUUAUGCUGAUGCUAUGUUGGAUUUAUCUGCCGUAUCUCUAUACGGCGGGUACAGCUCGCAGACAAUUGAGCCCGUGCUGGAGCGGAAUAUGAACAAGCAGGCUAUGCAAGUAUUGAAACAGAAACUCUCUGGUGGAGAGAAACACGAACUUCCUUCCAAUACUUCCUUAGCGUCUUUCUUCCGCAUCUUCCCUUCGGAGACAUCGUUGGAGAACUACGAUGAAACUUCCGAGGCAGACCGCAUUCUUCUCAAGGGAUUGUGCGCCCUACACGCGCGCCAGGCAGGCUCCUAUGAAAUUGCUGAUGAAGCCUUUACCGAUGCUGUAGAAAAGUUCACCGCAGCUCAUGAAGCCAACCCAGAUAAUGCUGCUUUGAAGCAGAAACUAGCGAUUGCAUUGGAACACGUUGGUAUUUUGAAGUUCCUUAAGAACGAACCAUUGGAAGCUCACAAUCUUCUCCAGAAGGCUAUCGACUUGUUCCCAAGGCCAAACUCUUACAUAUACAUGGGAUUGAUUAUGGCGGACAAGGGCCAGGCUGAUGAGUACGCUCAGAACUUUGAAAAGGCUUUGGAGUUGGAUCCAAAAUCGUCUGCUGCUUACUACCACCGUGCCCAAAUGAACUUUGUGAUCCAGCAGUUUGACCAGGCUGGUAAGGACUUUGACAAGGCUAAGGAAUGUGACCCUAGCAGAGUUUACCCUUACAUUCAGUUGGCCUGCCUCGCUUACCGUGAGAAGAAAUUCGACGACUGUGAGACACUUUUCAGCGAAGCUAGAAGAAGGUUCCCUACUGCUCCAGAAGUUCCAAACUUCUACGCAGAGAUUCUCUCAGACAAGGGCGAUUUCGAGAAUGCUCUAAAGGAAUACGACUUUGCCAGAAAGUUGGAGGAUGCUCAGGAGGGUAUUCACGUUGGUGUCGCUCCAUUGGUCGGCAAGGCCGCCCUUUUGGCAAGACAGCCAUCUGCUAGCAACUUUGCAGAGGCUACCAAGUUGUUUGAAUUAGCAUGUGAGAAGGACCCAAGAUCGGAACAAGCCAAGAUAGGUCUUGCCCAGCUAAAACUACAACAAGAAGAAGUGGACGAGGCCAUCAAGUUGUUUGAAGCGGCUGCUGACUUGUCUCGCGCUUUCGAAGAGAAGCUACAGGCUACGACAUUUGCAGAGGCAGCAAAGAUUCAGAAGAGAAUCAGAGCUGACCCAGUCAUGAGCGCCAAGAUUCAGGAAACUCUGGACGCCUACCGUGCCCAGGGCAUGGUGGUCUGA